AUGAUACUGAUACUGUUUAUUUUUUCUUUUUUAGGGCAGGUUAAAGUGUUCAGGGCCCUGUAUACAUUUGAGCCCAGAACGCCAGAUGAACUGUACUUCGAAGAAGGAGAUAUCAUUUACAUCUCUGACAUGAGUGAUACAAAUUGGUGGAAAGGAACUUGCAAAGGGAGAACUGGACUCAUUCCAAGCAACUAUGUGGCAGAGCAAGCUGAGUCUAUUGAUAACCCACUGCAUGAAGCUGCCAAACGUGGCAACCUAAGCUGGUUGAGAGAGUGUUUGGAUAAUCGAGUUGGGGUCAAUGGCUUAGACAAAGCUGGAAACACAGCUCUGUACUGGGCAUGCCAUGGAGGCCACAAAGAUAUAGUGGAUGUUCUGUUUACCCAGGCAAACUUAGAGUUAAACCAACAGAACAAAUUGGGAGACACAGCUUUGCAUGCUGCUGCAUGGAAAGGUUAUGCAGAUAUUGUAGAGAUGCUGCUGGCAAAGGGGGCAAGAACAGAUCUGAAGAACAAUGAGAAGAAACUGGCUUUAGACAUGGCAACCAAUGCAGCUUGUGCUUCCCUGCUUAAGAAGAAACAGAGUGCAGGUACAGUCCGAACAUUAAGUAAUGCAGAGGAAUACCUCGACGAUGAAGACUCCGAUUAGGUUUUUCCAUUCAGCCUAAAGAACUAUAACUUGCAUUGCUUAUGUCAUUCCCAAAACAUAUCUUUACAACUGUAAAAAUAUCUUACUUAGAGUAUUGCAGUCUUCCAAUAUAGCAUAUAAAUGAGAGAGUGAAAUCAUGCUUUCCAAAGGAAUAAUCUUCAUGUGUGCCAGAACAUGCUGCAUUUUAAAUCAGAAUUCCUUUGGAAUUAUCUCGCAGAGGAAGUGUGGCAUACCCUUAUCGUUCAAUGGGCAGAGGACCAUCUUCUAAACUCACAGGUUUCAUCUCAGGCCUUCCCAGCAAGUGCCUUGCAUCUCUGGAAUACACUCCUCAACCUGAAAGGUCGCUUUGGGACAGCAGGACACCAUUGCUAACAUUUCCCAAAAUAUCCCUGGAUAUAGGUUCCUUUGUGCAGUUAAGAUAAUACUGGCAGAGUCAGUACUGGCUGACAGGCAUGAAUGGAGAUGCUGCUAUAGAGAGUGACCAUCUUUUGCCCACAUGGAGCCAGCAAGACAAGGUUUGAUUUUUUUUUUUUUUUUUAAUUGGUCCCCCCUCCCCCCCUCCUUCCUGUACCCCUCUAAGUAAGGGGUAGAAUGACAUGGGAUGAUCUGCCCCUGGAUGCUUUUGUCUUCUCUAUUGCUACAGGCCCAAUCCCUGAAAUGUAAACUCAGGUGAUGUGCUUGCUUAAGUCAGUUUUGCUUGAGAAAUACACUUAAUUUUGGACUCGGUGACUUGAUUAUUUUGCUUUUUGAAGUGCAUUAUGCUGAAACUAUUUGUAGUGAAAGGAAGACAGAGUAUUUUUCUAUUUAUCCUGCCUAAAAUUUUUUUUUACUGAUCUCUUGCUUUUAUUUUUUAAAAGUGUUCUUAUAUUUUGUGCUAAAUUACCUCAAAGCUUAAGUGUGUUGGAAGGAAUGAGGGAAGAUGUAUAUCAAAUAUACCACAGGUAUCUUUAGAAGAGAUAUCUGAAGCUGAAUAAACAUUUUAAAAAUUUAUUGCUUCUUCCUGUGAAUUAAAGAGAACUAAAAAAUAAAUUGAGCCACUUUCAAGCUUCCCUGCAGAGUUAAAAAGUAAGUACUUCCUUGAGAUUGCUUGAAUAGCUGCAGCCAAAUAUUGUACCCUUCUGAGGGAUGCUUCCUUACUGUGAUGGUAAGAAAAUGUUACAAGUAUUUGAGAUGUGAUCUCAUUUUCAGUUUUUGUUGCUAACUUCCAUAUUAGCAACUUUGACAGAUGCAGACACAGCAGUCUGUGAUACUUAAAAAAAAAAAAAAAAAA